AAAGAGCUUAAAAACUUCUGCACAGCUAGAAUCAGUCUGGCACAAUUUACUGACAACAUGUUUGGCUUCAAUGAAGUUAAUCUUUUACUCCUGAUAUUUCUCCCAAAAACAGUUUACGGGAGUCAUAUCAUAAAUGGAGAAAAGGCCCCUGCAAACUCGAUGCAGUAUAUGGUCUCAGUCCAAAGCGCUGGGAAACAUAUGUGUGGAGGCUUUCUGAUCACUGAGGACUUUGUGGUCACUGCUGCGCACUGCAGUAAUUCUAACGAUCUGAGAGUGGUCAGCGUGUCCAUCAUCAAUAAAGAAGACUGCAAUGGGACGUGGCAGUAUGGGCUUCCACCCAAUGUGAUCUGUGCUGGUGGAUAUAAUACAGAAAAAGGAUUCUGUCAGGGUGAUUCUGGUGGCCCUCUGGUGUGCAAAGGGAUAGCUGUUGGGAUUGUGUCUUUCAACUACAACUUUAACUGCGCCUACCCAAAUAAGGAGGAGGCAGAGGCUGUGGACUUAGAGACGGACUUGCCCAUCGGCCAGGCUGAAGUCACUGAGAUACUUAGAAAGCUUCUCUGUGGCCAUGCCCCAGGGGUGGAUGAGAUUCGUCCAAGUAUGUCCUAUUGGCAUGGCCAGCUGGCCUGGUGUUGCCUCGAAGACCCCCAGCUGGAGGAGCUGUGUGUGGAUCGGGAAGUCUGCGCUGCUCUGCUUAGCGGCUGGCUAGCUCAACAGUUGAUCAGUGAGGACUUUGUGGUCACUGCUGCGCACUGCGGUACACCCGAACCUGAUGUGGUUGUUUUGGGAAGUCAUGAUCUCAAGAGUUCAAAUGCAGAGAAAAUAAAAAUUGAAAAACAAUGCAAACACCCGGAUUACCGGGAUGUAGGGUUUGGCAAUGACAUCAUGCUUCUCAAACUCUCAAGGAAAGCUUCUGUUAACAACAGAGUAAAGACCAUUCGCAUUCCAAUGUAUGAUAUUUACUUAGAUGACAAUCAAAUGUGUUCUGUCGCUGGAUGGGGUAAAACUGAAACCAACAACCCCAGUAACGAUCUGAGAGUGGUCAGCGUGUCCAUCAUCAAUAAAGAAGUCUGCAAUAAGGAGUGGCAGUAUAGGCUUCCACCCAAUGUGAUCUGUGCUGGUGGAUAUAAUACAAGAAAAGGAUUCUGUCAGGGUGAUUCUGGUGGCCCUCUGGUGUGCAACGGGAUAGCUGUUGGUGUUGUGUCAUUCAACCAAGCCUUCAAGUGUGACUACCCAGAUGUGCCCAAUGUCUAUACCGACAUUUCUAAAUAUCGUGACUGGCUCAAACGUACUGUAGAAAACAAAAUGUGUUCUUAAGCAAACUUUUAAAAUGGAUCAAUUAUCCAGCUCAACCUCAUAGUGUGUAGAAGGAGAGAUUGUGCUUCUUAUUUAGGUUACUCUGCUUGUUUCUAGGCUUGUUUCUGGAUUGCGCAAUAAACAAAAAGCUGCAGAAAUACCGUCGGUGCUUU